AUGGACAACGGCCAGGCAGUGGAAUGUGGCACGAUACCGGAAGAGCUCGGAAAUCUGUCCGGGCUGGUCGUACUUGACCUGAGAGGAAACGAACUGAGCGGCAGCGUUUCCGUGCAGUUUGGAGCCCUGACUACGCUGGAGGAACUUCACCUUUCCUCCAAUAUUCUGACGUGGCCUAUCCCGAAGGAGCUGGAAACUCUCAGCAAGCUCAGGACGCUUGAACUCGCUAACAAUCGGCUCACAGACAGCCCCGGAGAUACCGCGGAAAGGUUAGUCGAAGUAUCCGCGAACACGCUGAUCAACUUAAGCGGGAACCGAUGGGAGAUCCCCCGGUUGGGGGUCACCCAAGGCGGUUGGGAACAGGUUGUCAGGUACUACGACGAGCUGGCCCAGUCCGGGGGCGUUGUGGUGACGGGUCUGAAGGUUGUGCUCGUGGGUGCGGUUCAUGCUGGCAAGACAACCCUGGCCCGGGGCCUCCUAGAAGGAGAUGUACCUCAAACGCCUCCGCCUAGAACCAGGGGCGUCGAUGUGCAUGUUCACCCUUGGGUACCUGACUUCAACCCGGCGCUUGACGUCAUGAUCUGGGAUUUCGCUGGGCAUGAUGCCUACUGCUCGGCGCAUCAUCUGUUUCUCGCCGUCGGGGCACUGCACCUGCUCGUGGGGGACCUCCACAUGUUUAGCCAAGAUCCUUUGUCGAAGAAGAACGCGGUGUACAUGUGGCUGGAUUCGUUGCUCUGUCGGGUGCCAGGGAGCGCUGUUCUCGUCGUGGCAACGCGCGCGGAUGCCUUCGUUGACAACAGCGAGGGAGCCUCUACCCUAGAAAGCCCGGAAGAAGCGAUCAAGACGCACCUGGAGCAAACAAAGAAAACUAUCAAGAACCGUCAACGGGCAUUCCAGAGAGGUGGUUCAAACGCUGAUACUUUGUUGGAGCGCCCACCGUCGCCUCCGCCCUCGCUCUGGCUGUGCGGAUUCAUCUCGAUCUGCGGCCGCAGCUCGGACGGCAUGGCGUCGCUCAAGAAGAAGAUCUGCGACGUCAUUCAGGAGCCAGGCACCGAUAACUUCGCGUUCCCGGACCUCCGUCAACAUGUCCCAACCUCUUGGAGGAGGGCGGCUCGGCUAGAAGGCCCCAUCGUUCCGCUUGAAGGGUGCGAAAAACUUGAGUUUGUGAAGCGGAAAGACGCCUUUGAGGCGUGGUUAUUGGCGGACAGCCAAUGGGAUGCGCUCAGUCUACUGCAGGUUCGUGGAGCGGCACUGGUGGCAUGUGAUCUCAUACACCUGAAGCCGUCGUGGAUCAACAGUCUGCUGCGAGAAGUGCUGGAUCACAACCUAGCGGAUCCGACAAAGGACAAGUGGUGGCGGGGGGAACUAGAGGAGUACCAUCGUGAGCAUGGCAUCGUGUUCAACAGGCUCAUUAAGGUCGUGACGGUCGUCGACGACGAGGUCUUCUGCAGCCUGGUCGAGACCUUGGCUCUGCACGACGUCAUGUUCCUGUUCGAUGACGACGGGAAUCAGGGAAGGGUGGGAGAUCUUAUGGUACCCGCUCGGCUGCCAGGGAGCGUCUCAGAGGCCUCCCUCGCUAUGCUGAAGCAAGCAGUCUCCCAGGGCACCCGGAUGCAGUUCGCGAUCGACGCCGAGUACGUCCCGCCGGCGAUUAUCCCGCUGUUCCUCGGCGGUUUCUGCCGCAGGGAAAACAUUGUGUUUCGUGCCUGCUGGACCAGGGGGCUGGCGUUCAUGAUGAGCGGCCAGGAAGGCCUGGUGCGCCUCGAGGAGGCUGGCACUGGGCCCCGACGAGCGAUCGAGAUUAGCAUCGCGGGCCCUUACAUGAAGGACGUGUCUGAGCUCGAUCUGAAAGUGGAGGCCAUGCUCAAGAGAAUUCUUGAAUCUCUCAGAGCUAAAAGCCUGGGCCUCGACGAGGCCCUGGCCAACAGGUGGCCGAUCCCCCGCCUAGUUUGCUUGCUCCCCGCCCCAGACAGCGGGGAACCAGCCCUGACGGCGGAACAAAGAUCGUUCGAUCAUUUGUCAGACGCUCUGCAGCAGUGGUGCCUCAGCAAGAAGGCCAAGGGCAGGAGGCUGGCCACGCGGAAGCUUCGCCUGUUCUUCCUCUGCUCGAAGGACUACAGCCUCGCCGUGUGCGGGCCGGGGGGGCAAGGGUACGAGGUAACAGAGCUGCUCAACUGGGCAAAGAAAGCAAAGCCGGCGGCCAAGGUCGGGCUGGCCGUCGUCUCGAUCGCCCUGAAGGUUUGCACCGGCCUGGCAAUCCCCAGAAUGGACUUUGACGCAGCCUUCGGGGCGACAACGGGCGAUGUCGUGGCCGGGGUAGUCGAGGAAGCGGCAACCUCGAGCAUCGAUUCCAUGAUCAGUGCCGCGGGAGGCAGAAUCGAGAGCGGUGGGCGGACGGAACGGCUCGAGCACGCUGGCGUGAACGCUCGCGCGAUGGAAAAGGUGCAGCCCCUCCCGCUGGAAGGUUUCCAAUACGAUCAACUCAAGGAAGUGGUCAAGAGCUUCGAGGUGAACGGAACGCCAAAGGGUAGUUCUCCGUUCCCCAGUUUCGACACCGCCAUGCAGCUACAGGACAGAGGCGGGGACGCAAUAGAAUGGGCGAGGGUCAGCAACGGUAACAUUGAUGACUUCGUGACUCCACUACGUUAG